AUGCGAGAUAUUACAGCUGUCCUAGGGCGCAGUCGACUGACCGGGGAGGCCUUAUAUACCGGAAAGGAGACAAGCCAAGUGUUACUACUGACCUACAUGCGGUCAGGGUCUAGUCUUACCGGCGAUAUCCUGCAGCAUAGUCCAGGGGCCUUCUACAUCUAUGAGCCAUUCCGAUCCCUGGGGCAUAAAAACAAGUCAUCUUAUAUUCUCAACUAUGCCAAUGUUGUGGACUACUGGGAUAAUGUGACGUCAUUACUUUUGCUGACGUACAUGCGCAGUGGCUCCAGUCUAGCCGGCGAUAUUUUACAACAAGCGCAAGAGUCGUUCUACUUGUAUGAGCCACUUCAUUCAGUAGAAAAGGCUCUAGUGGAGUUUAAGCAUCUUUCAAUGGCUACCCCUGAUAAAUCACACAGGUUACCUCCCCUAGAGUUUAACUCGGAAGCAGCCGAGGAGUUGUACAACUGGUUUACGUGCGAUAUACCCAAACUGCCGAACAUAGCCCUGCUGGACAGUUUUAUGAAAAAAGGUAUCAAAUCUGCGAUGAUGAUGGACUGUUAUAGGAAUACGGUUAAAAAUGUUGGGGAUAUCUCGGCUGCCCUUCUUCUUUGUGCAAAACAACUUAAAUUAGUGUGUUUAAACUCGCCUUUUCGUAUUAUAAAAACCAUACGACUUGAACUGUCAUCUGUGUCAUAUUUGUUAGAUCGACUACCUAACCUCAAAAUCAUCCACUUAGUACGUGACCCCCGGGCCACUCUAAUGUCCCAGUCUAGGAUGGGGCAGUGCAGCGUGACUAAGGGAGGUCAGCAGGGGUGCACGGAACGUUUCUGCAAGCGACUGGAGAACGACGUACUGGAAGAAGAGAACAUUCUCCGGAAACACCAGGGGAGAAUCAUGCCUGUCUUCUAUGAAGACAUUGCCAGUGAGCCAAUUAAGACAUCGAAGAAGAUGUAUGACUUUAUAGGCGCCGAGUUUACACAAUCAGCCGAACAAUAUAUAUUUAAUAUCACUAUGGCUGGGUUAGAAAAUGAUUGCGCCAUUUGUACAACUCGCUCCAAUUCAACCGAACAUAUUGAUAGCUGGAAAACUAAAAUGAAACUAGAUUUUAAGAACAUUGUUCAAAACCGAUGCAAUUAUAUACUGCGACGAUAUGGAUACAAAAUAUACACGCAGGACGAACUUGUGAACAUGGAAGUCUUAAACCCCAAACAAAUUUAG